GGGAGGCUGGGAUGGUAUCAGACUUAUCCACCCACUGGCAGCCGCAGGGUCGCAUUUUUAAAUAUGUGAGUAAAUGUCACCGGAGAACACCUAAAUGCAUUCAUCCAUCCUGUGUGGGUCUGGACUGGGGGGGUAUAGUUUUAGCGCCAACAGCUAAAUGUCAAACCUUUGGCAAAGUGUGCGCGCCUCCCUGCGCCACACGGAGCCGCUAAUGAUGGGUGGACCGAGAGGAGCGGAGCGAUAGGGCGCAUUUCUUAAUUUCCCUUCAGCUCUCUCUCGCUCUCUCUCGUCUCUCUCUCUCUCUCUCUCUCUCUCUCUCUCUUCUCUCUCCUCUCUCUCCCCCUUCCUCUCCAACCUCCCCCAUCCAGCCCUUGGACACACGACGAGACCGCGGGACGGCCGUGUUUCCUCCCCCCCACCCCAUUUCACGCACGAGGAUCGAUCCGAUGUAUUAUUUACGAGCGAAACUUCAGCAACUUAUCCGCUGGAUAUGGCUCCCGGUGUGAGGAGUGGGCGGACAGGUCACCCCGGAGCGGACCCCGGUGGGUGCUCGCCGCUGAGGACGGAUGCCGGAGGAUCGGGGAGGUGUUUGAGGACCGGGCUGCGAGCCGGAGCAGCGGGGAUGCUCGCAAACUGUCUGCUGUCUGUGGCUGUGCUUUUACUUCUUGUCCGGUGCGCUUUGGCCGCAGAGGAAAAACCCACCUACGAUGCCUCUGGUUCCUCACCGUCACCGAGCGACCCUGCAGUCACAGGUGCUCCUGCUCACCCAUUGGCCGACCUGUCCGUGGCAGAGGAGGUGCCUUUCAAAGUCGUCCAUUCAGAUGGUGACUCAGACUCUGAGGGGGAAGGUUUAUCGGGGCAGCCUGCUUUUUCUUCUGUCUUAACCGUGAUGGCAGGAACUGUCAAACAUCCAGUGAGCCUUGAUCAAAGUAGAACCUUGCCAACUUUCGCCAGGGACGAGACCCAAACCACCCAAUGGCCUUCACGUAGUUCCAGCCAGGGCUUGGACAUGUCCUCCUCAUCAUCACAUGUGGGAGACAGGAUCCUUCCAGCCAGCUCAGAAGCAGAGAUGGAUGAGUUAACAGCUGGAACGUCCAGAGAGCUCAGCUUCCCCAAAGAAAAAGAGGCCAGUCUAGCCCCCUCUCAGUCAGUCAGAAUUCCGCUUUCUGCUGGGCCCACCGAGAGGACAUCUCAGGUAUCACCUCUGACCCCUCGACAGGACACCACAACGGCCUCUGUGAAGCUAACCACCACAACUGUAGCUUCGACCACAAAAACGGACAACCCCACCACUACCAUGCCUUCCCCAAGAGUAACUACACUGUCGACCACAACCACCACCACGCCACAGCCUGCGACUGUGACCAGGAGAACCACAACCACAACCACCAGGACCCAGACCAGCAGGAGAGUGUUCACACCACCCAUCCCAAGAACAAGCCCUCCCAGAGGGGUCACCACCAUCCUCAUCUCCCCUUUCACUACGACCACAGAGGCUCCACCACAGCAGUGCAACAUCACAGAAAGACUCUGGGUGAAAACAGUUGUUUCCAUCUAUGUGAGGCGAAACAGGCUGGAUAGCAUUCAGAGGCAGAACCUGCGAAGGGGAUUAAGUCAAGGCCUCAGAAAAGCUCUGAAUGACACCUCGGCCCAAGCACAGGUGGAGACUGUAUUUGGUUCUCCCAACAUGACGGUGGCUUAUCAUGUGACUGGAGGGGACUUAGUUUACCCUCCGUCUGUAGUGCUGGAAGGUUUGGCGUCCUAUGGCCGCGAUAAGCUGAUUGCAGACCUGCGACAGUACCUCCCCAUGGUAACAGCCUUGCCCCUCCCAGUUGCAUUAUGGAGAACCAGCCCAGCCGCCGGCUUCCAGCUGAAAACAGUGCUGCAGUUUGUGGGAGCAGAUGAUGAUCCUCGGUCCUGUCGCUUCUCUCAAAUGAUGGAACAGAGGCUUGAGAAGGUGUUUUCUGAAGCUCAGGCCAAAGUGCUCAACAUUAACAGCAGACUCUCUGUUCAGAUACUGAGUGUCUCUCAGGCAGCCGGCUCUCCCGCUGUGUCAUUGGUCUACACUGUGAAGAAUGGGACUGUCUUCCUUAAUGGCACUGCGGCUUCAAACCUCCUUGGUCAGCUGUCAGCUGAGCUGGUGGGCUACUUCCUCUUCUAUCCACCACUUAUCAUUGCUGAGCCACUGGAAUAUCACAAUCUAAACACCUCUAUUGCAACCAGAGACUUCUGGGUUGUCACAGUGAUCCAGGAUGUGGAUAACGGCAGCCUGGAGGGACAGUACCAAAGCUUUGCCAGUCUAAUGGAGCAGCGGCUGGCAGAGUUGUUCGUGUUGGCAGGCCAGCAGGGCACUCGCUUUAGACGAGCUGCUACUGUAGGCAGCUACACUGUUCAGAUGGUGAGCAUCCGAAGGGUCUCGGGGCUAAAGAAUCCGGCAGAGAUGACCUACUACGUCCAGCACAAUGGCAUUCCUUUAUCGGGCACGUCAGCCGCCAAGGUCCUGAACACGGUCGACUCCCAAACCAUGGCGCUCACCCUGGGCUACUUUGUCCAGCUGCAAGCAGAACCCGUGGUCAAAAAUCCUCCUAAUAACCUUUGGAUAAUCGCUGCAGUGUUGGCCCCGAUCUCUGUAGUAACGCUCAUUAUUAUCAUCAUCACUGCUGUGCUGUGCAGGAAGAAUAAGAAUGACUUUAAAGCUGAUGCCAUCGGUAACCUCAAUCCCAGAGCUAAGAUGGCGUAUCGGAGGGAUGUGGGCUAUUAUCACCAGCCAGUCCAGGGUUUUGACUACGCCAAGCAACACCUGGGCCAACAGGGAGGAGAUGAGGAGACGCUGCCUGUCAGCCAGGAUACUUUAGUGAUGUCCCUACAAAUUCGGGACACGCCGCUUUCACUGGAAAAGGCUCUGCAACAAGACGGAACUGCCAGCAAGAAAAGCCUCACCGCUGACAAACACAAAAGCAAGUUGCCAAGUGAGGAUGGUUCCGUCAUCAGCAACGAAUCAGAGAAGCUGAAUUCCGGCAGGGGCCUGACAGUGCCGAAAGUCACAGCACAGCAGAAACUGACAAAGGAGGAGACGCGCAAGAGGGAUGAUCCAUAUGACACCUCCUCUGGCUCCCUGCAGCUCAUUUCCAUAAAGCCCAUGGCGGCUCAGACCAACUACUCACACCCUGCAUCCUCCGACCGAAGCCAGGACUCAGCCAUCAUCAAUGGAGAGGUGAACCUGGCACUGAAGCAGAAGUCAGACAUUGAGCACUACAGGAACAAGCUGAGGCUGAAAGCUAAGAGGAAGGGCUAUUAUGACUUCCCGUCCACCAACGGCAGCAGCAGCGUUCGAGCCCUGACACAGAGGCAGCACCACGACCAUGAGAGGGCAGCCGGUGAGCAUGGCAGACCACUGGAGCCUGAUGAUGAGCGAGGUUCCACUUAUGUCAAGUCUCACAGGAGGCACUCCCAGGUAGGGCAGACGGCCUAUCGCAGCAGACAAAGCCUAAGCAGUCCGAGCCCCGGGGGAACAGAGAUGGACCUGCUUGUAAUGAGAGAGAGACCCAGGAGAGGCAUCCGAAACAGCGGCUAUGAUACUGAGCCAGAGUUGAUUGAAGAAACGAAUGUUGAUCGUCUAAUGGGGCCGCGGGGAUACAUGUACGGCCGGGGCUUGAAAGGCCACUCAGAGACAUCCACUCUGAGCUCACAGCCGUCCAUUGAUGAAGUGCGGCAGCAGAUGCACCUGCUGCUGGAGGAGGCAUUCAGCCUGGCUUCAGGGGGCCAGUCCACAUCCGGAAGGCACUCCCACCACCACCACCACCAACCCCCUCCGGACCACUACAGCCCCGCGCCGCCUCCCCUCCCCUACGCAGACGUGGUGACCAGCGCUCCGGGCACAAUGAGCUGUGGACGGGGAGGUCUGCAGUGGGUGCCAUCUUACGGUGCAGAUGUAUAUCAGUGCAGCCUGCCUAAACCAGCCUUUCGCUUCACCCAGCUUCCUGAAAUGGCCCUGGGUUCCCCUCCCCCUUUACCACCACGCACUGGGCCUCCUCCUGGGACCUCCUUAAGACGUUCCACUUCUGACUUGGGGCCCAAGGGAAGGAGCUCAGAGACAUCUGUCACUGAAAUGCGAAGUCAACAUGACAACAACCCAUAUGGGCCAACCACAAGAGCAGCACUUCCAUCUAUCACUGCAGACCAGCCUGUGUCCAACUACUCAGGAAACCCAAUAACAGCCGUCUAUGCCAUCCCAGCCACUAGGGCCGGCUACUCAGAGUACUUUGUCUCCACGCCACCCACCUCCUACCACAGUCCCUCUUGGAUGUCCUAUCCACCAGAACCUGAGGAUGUACCGCCACAGUGGGCAGACUCUGUACCCCUGCCUGGGUAUGUAGAGGCUUUUCCUCAUCCUCGGUACCCACAGGGGAGCCCCACCAGGCUGCCCCUACAGUAUAACCAGACACUGGAGCAGCCAUCUACUGCCCCCAGCACAGCAUCCCAGCAAAGUCUGCCCCAGGUGCUGAAGGACAUGGACAGCAUGCCCCUGAGCAGCCUCUCCACCUCUGCACUCGUGCAGGCUAUCCGGCAGGAGGUGGCCAAGCUGGCGAAGAAGCAGAAUGACAUGUUUGAGUUUUGAUUCUGCUCCCGGGUGUGCAGGAAAUGGUUAACUGUGCAUUGGUCUUCAGCAGCGGCACACAAAGGUGGAACUCCUUCAGACUGAUUUUUGAUGUUUGUACUGUAAAACAGACUGAUCUUCCUUACACAAAGAUUAACCACUUACUGAUUUCUUUUCACACACCAUUGGUGUUUUUCAGCCCUUGACAUGAGGGAUAAGAAAAGAUGCUUUUCUUUUUAGAAAAAAAAUAUUGCCAUCCUCUAUUGAUGAUGUCCCAAUUAACUACAUCUCUUUGUAGAUAUGUCAAUAAGAUAUGCUAAAUAUGGAAUUUUUUUCCAGGAUUAGACUUUUUUUUGUGAAUCAGCAUCAAAUGACAAGAGAAAAAUUGUAGCAUUAUUGUCUGUACUGAGAGGACCAAAUUCUUCCUGUCAGAUGGGUAAGUAUAAACCACAGUGUAUAUGAGCAUGUACAGUAUAAGGACAUCAUGUAUGUAAUCUCCUUUUCUAGACCAUUAGCUUGAGCAAGACCGGCUACAUCAGUAUCAACUCAUUCCAGCAUCCACACCAUGUCAAACUAUCACAUCACUUUUCAGAAAAUCUUCAGUUUACUGACAUAUAUUACAUUAACACCAUCACAAUAACAACAAACACUGGCUGUCUUUGGUGGUCUGAUCAUUUUUUAAAUAGAUUUAGACUGUAUUUUCCAUUAAUUAACAAAUGGACUGAAGACAUUAUAUAUGUAUCUGUGUUUUCAUGUUGGUUUUUAUUUCUGAAAUGAAGGGAAGCAUUUACCCUGGCAAUAUUUGUUCAGGUGUGCACAAAGUAUAUUGACUUAUUGACUGAUAGAUACAGUAUUUUACUGUUGUUAAAUGCUUAGACUUAACUGUGUGCUUUUCUUUUCUCGAGGACAAAAACUGGCUUACAAAAACCCAACAUAAAAACCUUGAAGUCAGGUGAUAUUUGCAGCUGGGUGAAGAGCAGUUUUACGCUGAGCCUCGUGGUUUAAAGACUUGUAGAUGAUUCAGUGCACAUACGCUACAACCCCAAGACCUUAAACAAAAAGCGUCCUCUUUGCUGCUGAUAGUGGUGCCACAAUUUCUUGUAAAGUUAAACUAUAAAUAGAGGGAGUAUAUUAUUUGUUUACUGCCCUUAAGCGAUCUUAAUGGUCUCAAUGGGCACAUUUCAUGAAUAAAACACCAAGUUUGUGUAAAAGUUUGACCUAAAAGGAGGUUUUGCAUCAGUGCUCCCAUUCAAUGUUUUAAGUGCACAAACCCUUGUGUCUUUGUGUAACAAUGUAAAAGCCUGCUUGAGUGUUGGCUCAGAUUGAGUGCACACUUGUUGUUUUCUAAGAACUGUUUCCGAAGCUUUGUUCAGUAUGAGCAUAUCACUGUGGAUCACCAGUGUGUCCUGGAAUUAUCCAGUUUGUAAGGUGCAAAGUGCAUGUACGCUACGGUAGACAUUUACCUUAGAAAUUCUAAUUACGUAACAUCAAAUAUAUUUAAAACCAUACUUGAAAUUAGCCAGGCUGUACAUUAGAACACAAUAAAGAUUCCACCUACCAAGUCACGAGUUCAUCAUAAAUAUCAAUAUGUAAAAAGAGCCUAAAAUAGGUUAAAUAAAAGACAACAAACAGAAGUAGAAAUUGUAGGGAUCCAAGAGCAGUAAAGUUCUGCACAGGAUAGAAUUCCUAGAAAUUCCAGCAGGGACGAGAAGGAAGCAGGUCACCUCUAUAUGGUGGAAGAUCGAAGCAUGUAAGGAUCCAGCUGACUUUUCUGAUGACACCAACUUAUUUGCUCUGAAUUCCUCAGCCAUUUUAAUCAGCCCUGUAAGCCUGUUUGAUCUUGUCAGUAACUGAAAUAAGACCACCAUACAAAGGCCCAACACAAAUCUAUGAACUAUUCAGUAAAACACAAGUCAGUAAAUCACUGCAAACAUUAGAUGGAAUUCAUCUCUCCCGGAAAACCACUCAUACUCAUAUUUCACUGUGGCAUAAAAGCGAUUAGUAGGUAUUGAACUCUUAACGAACUCUCAAUGCACAAUUGCUGGCUUGGGAAUGGAAAGUGGGACUGACUGCAGAUGACUGAGAUGAGUGUGUGUAGGCCUAUAGCAGGGGUGCUGCAAUAUGUUUGCAUAAACAUUAAGAUGCUAUAGAUUGCCUACUUUUGCUAUAUUAUUACAAUUCACAUGGAAUGCUUUGCUGGUUUUAUUAUGAUCAGUGUCAUCACAAGUAAGCUGUCAGUCAUGACAUAAGGAAGACAACUUUGAGUGAAGAUGCCUUUAAAUCAUUCUUUUUCAAACAGUAUUGCUUUUUUUUAGCAGUCCUGGAUGACUUUAGCCUUUUUGCAUCAUAACUAUUGAACAAAGCCUCCCUCUUGUCCAAGAAUUGUUCUUUUAUACUCAUGCCUGUUGGUGUGUAAGUAGGUAUAAGGAAAUACUGUAUGUCUUAAACUCAACAAGAACUCUGUUGUUGCUUGUUUUCCCAAGCUUCGUUUUAUUCAUUAUUCAGAGGAGCACUUGUGUCUUAAGAACUGUAGUAAAUACAGUGAAACCAUUUUUGUGUAUACCAGAAGUGAACACCUUUCCACAUUCUCAUGCUGGAUAACUGAGAAAACUUAGCGAUAUUAAAGAAGAGGGGUUUUAGGGGGUUUGUUGAUUUAGAAAAAUGAUGAGUAUUUAUUCUAUAAAAUGACAUACAAAGUGAGCUAAAGCUAUUAAAAAUCGAUGUCUUUUUUUUGUCUUCCUGUUUCCUCAUUUCCUUUUCAUCUGCUUGAUCUUGUUAUAGCUGUUCGAUGUUCCUAAGAGGUUGAGCAGAGACUCUGAGAAUGAUGGAGACUGAAAGAAAUAUUAGCCCACAUGAUUGAAAUUAAAUAAAAGAUUUUAUUAGAAGAA